AUGGUUGAUAAUCCUAGUCUGAUCCAAAACUGGGACUACAGAGAGUCCGAGAGUUCUAGACCAAGAACAAAACUCUGGAAACCAAGAUCAAGUCCAAAUCAAAACCUGGCCCUCAAUCCAGACCAGCUGGACUUUUCUCGCCCUCACUUCCACGUUUACGCCAAGCGGUUCUCCAUUGGACAGUUCCUCAUUGGACAGUUCCCCAUUGGACAGUUCUCCAUUGGACUCAAUUUUCCUGAGGGUCAGAUUUUUCGCGCGGCGUUUGCGGUCGACGGAGGCUACACGGAGGAGCGCCCUUCGUCAGCCGGGGACUUCGAACGUCCUGAUGGCUUCCAACGUUACUGUCACGACGAGGAGAUCCCACCUGAGAUGUUUCCUACACGGCACAGUGCAGGGGGCGCCAUCAUCAUCUGCGGGGCUUUUUGCUUCAGUGGAACAGUGGAGCUUCAGGUCGUGCAGAGGAGUCAAACGGGCCCUGGCUGUGGAGAUGUUUCACGACUGAAGACCAUCGUCUCUCCGGUCCGGUCCAAACGUACCUGUUCGUACCAGGACAUUCUGGAGCAUCUGAACCUGUCGACGAGUAACGACGUCUUCAGACUGAGCCGACCCGUGCUGGACCACACCAGGCCAACGCACGUGGAGAUCAAUAUAAUGCUGUAUGGGAUACUGGCCCUGAUUGAGAAAACUCAGACCUUCAUCCCCUUUAUCUGGAUCAUGAUGAUCUGGAAACACGAGCUCAUUCAGUGGGACCCGGAUCAGUUCUGUGGAAUCACGCACUUCACUGUCCCCCGAGAGUUACUAUGGCAACCAGACCUUUUUCUUUAUGAAAUGACAGAAAAGGACACGUCUCCGAGUAACCCAUACCUCAUGGUCUUCCACAAUGGGACGGUUUUGCUGGAGGAGGACAUGAAGGUCAUCAGCACCUGUAAAAUGGACAUGCACAAGUUCCCCUUUGACACUCAGCAGUGUAACCUGACCCUGGGCUCCGCCAUCCACUCAGCGGACGAGGUGCGCGUGCGUCCGUCCUUUAACUCGUCCCGGGUCACAGAGUUCACUCGGGAGCUGCUGAGGACUCAGGGCGAGUGGGAGUUCAUCAGGAUGUCUGUGGACAACUACAACCUCAGCUACUCGGGACGAGUGUGGGAGACACUGGUCUACACGUGCACGGUGAAGCGGCGCCCCCUGCUGCACGUGAUAAACCUGCUCAUUCCGAUCAUGUUCUUCCUGGUCCUGGACUUGGCGUCGUUCUUCAUCUCGGAUCAUCGCAGUGAAAAACUGGGAUUUAAAGUGACGGUGCUGCUCGCCAUCUCAGUCCUACUGCUGAUCCUGAACGACAUCCUGCCCUCGACGUCCAACGACACGCCGCUCAUAGCGACCUACUGCAUCGUCAUCUUCGCCAUGAUGAUGUUCAGCGUCCUGGAGACCGUCCUCGUCACGUUUCUGAUGGACAGGAGCCAGAGGAGUCAGAGACACGAGCGAGACGCCGCCGUCAUGAGCAGAGACGACAGCGGUCUCAAGAUGGCCGACAGCGGCAACGAGUCUGGACUGACACAACACGAACUACUGUGUAUCUCAGACGAGUCCAACUCCAGCCUGAAGUCCUCCGAGUCCCAGAUCCUCGUCCUGAUCCUGAACGAGAUCCGGCAGCUGCAGAGUUCCGUGAGCGUGCACGUGAUCCCGGAUCGCUCUGGCGUGCGCGGCUCCGUCUGGGCCAAACGCAUCAACGGCGUUUUCUUCGCCCUGUACGUCCUGGUGGUGGCGCUGUUCCUGCCGCUCAUGUACAAACAGUGGAACAGCUGA